GUAAUGUUCAAUAAAGUUUUGGGUUUUUGACUUUAGCCAUCAUUUCAGCACAGUUCUCCUCUGCUAUAUGUUGUUAGCAAAGGCGAAACAAACAGAAUGACAAGCAGGGACAUAGUUUGCAACAAGAUCCACUUCAGACAUGACCCAAAGUGGAGUAGGCGCCUUGGGCCUGUGGAGGGAGGCGGGCUGCUGCUCUGUGUGGCCUGCCUCAUUGAAAUGAUUGACGAUGAAGACAUAGCAUCUGUGAGGAAGUCUUCUGCCUUGUCCAGUGUAAGUGGAGUGCUGAAGUGUUCUCCGGGGGCUUUGAGAGAGCUGCUCCAACAGGACCACAGAGUCUGUCUGCAUUUUACAGCCAAACUAUUGGGGAUGCUUCAAACUGCAGAGGACCCUGUCACUCUGGAGAAGGUUGACCAAGUGCUGGUUCAGCUACUCCUGGAGCUCCAGAGCGAACUGUCAUUCCGCUUCGUUUUGGAUGAGAUACACAAACAGCUUAGUGAGCAGCUCAGUGUGAAGCAUUUCCUUCCUACAUUCAGCUUCUUGGGUAACCUAAUAAAAGCUGCCCCUACUGUGUCCCAGAGCCUUGUGACUCAUUAUGUGCCCCUGUUGGACCGCCUGUGCUCAGCGUUGCUUUUUCCAGAUGAAGCACUGAAGGGUGCAGUGGUGUAUGUGUGGCUCCAACUGCUUGGAGCUCCUGGGGGCUCAGCAGCCCAGUCUUUGCCUUCUGCUGUUAGGGACAGAGUGUGUAACGUGUUGCUGAAAACAUUAGCCAAUGCCAGCUCCCCGCAGCUCCUCAGAAAUUGUGUCGGCCUGCUGUCACAGCUUGUGCAUCUGGCUGAUGCUGUGUCAGUUCUGAUGAACAGCCUGAGCUGUCAGGUCAUGUGCGAUGAGAACGAGGACAUCCUCGCCAACAACAGCCAGAGCCUCAGCCAAAACCAAGACCAACAGCCCCCUGACCACUGCCUUCUGCCUCUCAUACUGAAAAAGUUGCUUCUGAGUGGCGAUGAGAACUUGCAGGUGACCAGUGCAAAGUGUAUUGCAUCUGUUCUGGUUCAUUCCCCCAGUCAGUACAGUGCCCCCUUCAUCAACGCUGACGUACCUGAGUUUCUGUUUGACCGUCUGGCCUGUAGUAGCAACGAGGUGCUGCUGUGGUCUGCCUACAGCUGCUUGCUGCUUCUAACUGAGGAGCCCCUCUUUUUCUCCCAGUGUCACUCCGUUUACGGUAUGGAGUCCUUGGUGCGCAGUCUGAAGGAGUCUUUGCAGCUGACCAACCUGGAAGUGCCAAAACAAGGUUUGCUGCUCCUCAGAGAAAUACUGGAGAGACAACCUGCAACCGUGCGUCUGUUCCCCAGUGGCCCAGGGUUUGUGGCAGUUUCAGAGGUCCUGGUUGUUGGAGUCUCCUCCUCCUGCCUGCUGGUAGCCACACAGGCAGCCAGCGUUACCUCUGCCUUGUUCAGACUCGACCACCAGUCCAGACCAGUCCAGUACGAGGCAAUGAUCAAGUUGAUAGAGGCCAUCACUAACAGAUUUGUCAGCCUAACGCUGCCCUCCCCCGCUCAUCUGCGAAGCUCUGGGAGAAUGAAGAGGUCAGAUCCCAGCAGCCAGGCUUUGAGGUCUGAAGGAUUUCUGCUCCAGGCCCUGGUCUGUUUUCAGUCUGCCUGCAGGUUGGCUGAGGAGUGUGCAUCAGACCCUGUUUUGAAGGAGAACAUGUUUACAGCUCCAUACAAGCACAGCGGUGCUCAGGACUCUCUAGAGUCUCUGUGUCAAUGCCUGCUCCGCUGCUGUGAUGCUGUCUGGAUACCCACUGUUAUAAGGAUGUGUGAGCGUGCACCCAGUGCCCCCAUACUGCAGAACUUCUACUCUAUCCUAUCUUCCCAGUUCACCCUGCUUCCAUCUCUCAUGGCUGCCUUUGCAAAUAAACUCGCGUCCUCUGGUUUCUACAAACUGGCUGUGGAACACAAAGGCCUCCUCUGUGCAGGAAACAGCUCCUUUGCAUUUCUCCCUCUCACUCAUUCUUUCAGGAACCCAAAUCUGAACGCAUCUUGCUGUGGUUUUCUACAAAAACUCAGUAUGUGUCUUCUCUCCCAGUCCGACCUCCCUUCUGGCUCCCACCAGCACGAUCUUAAGGAGGUGGAAAAUCUACUGCUGCACAACCUUCCCUCUUUGUGUUAUCGCCUAUCAGAGUGGCCCUCUGUGCUGUGUGAAUAUCAAGGACCACAGGCUCCGAAAUACUGCCUGGUGAUAAUGCUGCGCCUCGCCCUGCAGCAAGGAGACAGGCUCCUCCCUGACCAGAUAGUCUUCUCCAAUGUUGUGUGGCUGUUGCGCUCUGUGCAGGAGCAAGGCUGUGUCGUGCCUCACUCUGUGCUCCGCUCUGCCCUCUACCUGCUGGCAGUGACACAGGACAAGAGCCCCUCCCUCGAUGGGGCUUCUUUGAAUUGCAUCAGCAAGGCACUCUCCUCCUGCCAAAGCUUCUCUUCGCUCUACUUUCACCAUCCUGCGCUGAUCCACUUCAUGUGUCGAUACCCAGAGCUGGCAGAGAAAUUUGCCGCCCUGGUCUUGGAGCUGUGGUUGACCAAGGAACAGGACACAAACACAGGGCCUACCCGGGCAGACACACAGGAGGAGAAAGAAAGCCGUGCAGAUGAGAGGUCGGAUCAGAAGACAGACACAGAAACCAUGGAGCUGCUGUCUGUGAUGGAGAAGUACCCAGCUGUCAUACUGACCCUCCUGGACAUGGUUUGCACCAGAGAGGCUCCUCUAGCUGAGCGAGUGUUGGGUGUACUAGAAGUUCUUCUGGGAGGUCAAAGAGACUACAACAUAAACCUGUGUACAAACCUAAGACCAGCCUUGCUCCAGGCCCUACAGCGGGUCAGCGUGGUGAACACAGACCAUGGGUUUGAAGAGGAAUACUCUGCACAGGUGAACUCGCUCCCUCUGGUGCUGAAGCUGCUUUGUGUGACGCAGGCCAGUGAUCCGCCUUCAUCUCCCCAUUACAGUAAUAUGGAAGGAGUGCACUUCAAACUGCUAUACCAUGUGAGUAACAUAGCAGGGAGGUUGAAGCCUACAAAAACAGAGAGCCUGCUGCCUGCCAUCAGCUACCUGUACUGCUGCCUGAGCCUGUCCCCUGCACACUGCACUGACAGAGCUGUCUCCAUGCUGCUCUCUAACAGCGGGCUGAUGGACCAGCUGCAGACAGUCUUCUCCUCCUCCUCCUCCUCUUCUUUCUCUGCCCCAUCCCUCUCUCCAUCAGCCUGUCCUCCUUUGGCCCUGCUGUGCUGCUGCCAUCUACUCCUGUCCUCCCUCAUUACCUUGCAGCGUGUUCACUCCACUCAGGUCCAUAAGAGCAUCACUUGGAGUCUGGACACAGCUGUGCAGCGCCUCCUUACUCAGAAGAGAAACACAGACAGUCUCCUGCUGAUCAGCUACCUGAGGCUGCUGCAGGCUCUGCUUGAUACUGACCUGGCAUCAGAAGUUGUGUGCCUGACUUCUGGUCCUGGCUUGGUUGGGCUCAGACCUCUUGGGAUUGAAGACGGUGCUUUGUACCCACUUGGCUCCAGAGGGGCGCAGUGCCUCUCAAUUGCUCUCAGUGGACUCCUUCUGCAGAAGCACGAGUUGCUGUUGCGAGCCUCAGUCAACUGUCUGAGCUCCCUGCUGGGCUUCCUUCAGAGAAAGAGUCCCGCUACAGCCAAGCAUGUGGUGUGUCAGCCAUGGAGUCGAUUCCUCCUCCACAGCCUGCUCAGCUCAGGAAAGAGCUGCCUUCUGCACCCUGCCAUUCUCAGAUUCAUCAUACUUCUGCUGCAGGACAGCGGGACACCAGUGCUGCGGGAGCCUGACCUGCUCCAGGUGACGGAGGCAGUGGAGAGGAGGGGGGUGAAGGAGCUCAGCAAGGAAGCAGAACAGGCCCUGAGGCUGCUGCUGACACAGAUCCAGAGCAGAGACCUUCUACCCAGAGAGGAACACAAGCAGAAAGUGAAGAACAUGAUAGAGGAACUCGGAGAGCCCGAUCAGAGCUGCAGACGCAGUCAGUCCCACAGUGUCCUACAUGUUGGAGACGUGCCCCUCUGCCUGUCUGACUUUGUGCUUUAGACAGGACAUCGAUUUUUGAAAGUUCUUCACCUUGCUCGUUUGUUUGACUGUUUCUGUUGUGCUCCUAAAACAAUACAACCUGUAGUUUCACAGCGUCCUAGCGAUCUGACUUACUGCAUGCAUUUGUUCAUAGAAGGUAAUUCAUAUUUGCAGCAGUGUUAAAGAAAACAAACAUCUUGAAUUAUAAGUGCAUCAAUAAAUCACUUGUUUUUGUUACAGGC